AUGGAUGCAGUAGUAAAACAAGAGGUUUACUUAACAGAAUUCAUACAGCAGCCGAAGGCUCCGUCUCGAUGGCUUGCAUUGCCUGCCUCCGGCGGCGUGUUGGCGGUGCGCAGAUGCCAGAGGCCUGAGUCACUGGCGCCAGUGGCCGGAGUCGCCGAUUGCGGCAACACGACCGUCCUCAAGGAGUGCCUGGACCAGGUGCCCGCCGUGCUGGGCGAAGGCGGCCGCGGACUGCCCACCUCCAAGGACGACCUCACCAAGUACUGCAGGGGCUUCAAGACGGGCAUGUCGUGCAUCGACUCCUACUCGCGCUGCAUCGACGAGCCGAUGCGGCGCCUGUUGGACGAACAGGUGGCGGCGGCGCGCUACUUCUUCAUGUUCCUCUGUGACGACCCCGGCUUCCGCGAAAGGUACCUGCAGUACAGCCGCUGCUACUCGACAGUUUCUGACGACUGGGACUCGUGCGUGUCACGCUUCUCGCAGCUGGUCAACGAGGAGGUCACCCGGCAGUCUACCAGCCAGGCGCAGCGCCUCAUAGAGCUCUGCUGUGCCAAGUACGGCUUCCUGCAGUGCGUGCUGUCGGCGACGCGGCUGCGUUGCCAGCGCCAGGAGGCGCUGUUCCUGCACCGCAUCGCCGAGACGCUGUCGACGGUGCACGUGUACUCGCCCGUCUGCCACGAGCUGGGCGGUGCCACCUGCAGCGCCGCCGCGCACACCCCCACCACCAGGGCCGCCACCCACUCCUGGCUACUGCCGCCGGUGCUCUACUACUCAGUCUCCGGUUUGCUGCUCAUGACGCAGAACAGCGAAACUUUUGCUUCCUCCGCGCGCGUGCAAUGCUACUUCGCCGUCGCUGGAUUUGAACAACAAAGAGAAACACAUUGCCAGUCUCAGCACAAAGCUGUGGACCAUAUGCUCGUGUGCGUACUGAGAGAGAUGGAAAAAGCUCACUACACUGAAAGGGUGUGCGAGUAG